GCGGACCCCGGACCCCGAGGUUGCUCUUGCCACGCUAAUAACCAGCAAAAGACGGGCUUUAGGUACCGUCAGAAGGCUCAGCGUGGCUUAUACUGCUGGUUCUCGCCGUGCAAUGACUAUGCAAGUUUAGGACAAGCUGUUUGAGCGUGUGCCUUGGCGUUGAGACGGCCAGCAGGGCCCAGGCGAUCCCUCGUUGCAAACCAUGGCACCGAAGGACCAGGACGACGCGUGGGACGGCUCCGAUGACGAGGAGGAAAGCGAGGAGUAUGAGCUGCUGGCUGACCAGUCGCAGAGCGUCUUCCCGCUGCGGAUUAAUCGGGUGCUGACUGCUCAUUUGGUAGCGAACACGCUUCCUGCUGUGGAGUUAUCGGCCGGGAUCGAGGCGUUGGCGAAAUGCUUCUACGAUCCGAAUGUGGAGUGGGCUGUUCUGGGGCAGAGUCCUCCGGGAUGGACUCUGGUUAAGGAGUUCGUGAACGUGAUACUGAGCGGGGUGGUAGAAAAGUUCUACCGCGUGGACAUUUUCCUGCGGGCCAACUCGGAGGUGCCGGAGCACCUUUUCGCGUGCCUGUUCAACGCCAUGUACGCGAUGGCUGGCUUCACCAAUGUGGUCGCUCAGUAUGGGGAGGUGUUUGAGGACACGCACGACGGCGAGCUGGUGUCGCUCGUGUCAGCCGUCUACAGCCUGCUCGACGCCCGCGCAGCCAUCUACAAGCAGGAGUACGCCACGGUGCUGCCCGACCUCGCCCCUCUUAUAAAGUCCGCGAUAGAGUAUGUCAAAGCCAUAGCCCCAAUGGAGCUCAGUGACGGGGAGUCGGACGACGAGGAGGAGCAGUACAUCCACCUGCGCAAUGCGCACAACGGCCAAGUGUGGCACUCCUACCUUGUGCAGCUACUGGUGGGGCUGGGAUUCAUCGAAAACGUGGUCAAGAUUGUCAGCCAGCCCAAGCUCCACAGCCUGCACACCUGUCUGCGGCUGCUGGACCUCAUGUGGCUGGUGGUGCAGCUGCGGCGCAACAUCUGCCAUUGCCCCAUCAAGGAGGAGCAGAAGGCCACCAUCCACCGGGGCGUUUCGGAGCUGCUCAAGUUCGUGGCGGAGGAGACGCUGUGCGACGCCAAGGCGUUUGAGAAGGCCUACGGCGGCCGCGACCGCUCCUGCCUGGUGCUGACGGGCGUGCUGCGCACCUGCAGCGACAUGGCGGAGAGCCUGGGCCUGCCCAACGCGCAGGUUGCGCUGGUGCAGCGGCUGCUGAUCAGCCAGCUGCUCAAGUCGUCCAACUUCUCGCGCCUGCUGACCGCCGUCACGGAGUGCACGCAGCUGCUGCACUACACGGCGCAGCGCACGGCGGAGGCGGCCAAGGAGGCAGCCCGGGUGGCGGCGGCGGAGGCGGGCAUGGAGGUGGAGGGCGGCGGGCAGGGCGGCGUGGCGGUGGAGGGCGUGGAGCUGCCACCCGAUGUGGUGGGGCUGCAGGAGGUGGUGGCCUGGAUGGACGGCGAGGACAUUGUCAGGCAGAUGCUGCGAGUCAACCUGCACCAGUCCCAAUACGCCGAGGCGGUCAAGGCGCUGCUGCAGCUGCUGGCCAAACACAACUGCCUCAGCGAUGCGCACCUAGACAUGCUGUGGGGCGUCACGGAGCAGGAGGAGACGUUUGAUGCGGUGAAGACCAACGUGUGCGGCAUGGUGAAGGACCUGGCGGGGCUGCUGCGGCCCGACCAGUUGGAGCUGCUGCUUAACAAGUUCCAGUUCCAGGGCCGCAAGCGCGCAAGCAGCGCCAGCGGCCAGGCAGGCGGCGCGGCGGGGGCGGGCGGCGGUGGCGGCGGCCGCGCCAUGACCACCUCCGACACGCUGCGGCUGCUGGACGUGCUCAAGCUGCUGGCGGCGUCAGACACCAAGCGGGCUAGCAGCAUGGCCGGCAAGCUAACGGAGCUGGUGUGGGAGCUCACCACGCCCGCCGACGCGCCGCCGGAGCUGCUGGCCAGCGGCGUGAUGCAGGAGGUGCUGCAGUGCUACCGCCAGCACGCACUGCUGACCGAGUAUAUCAGCCGCUGCAUCGGCCAGCUGCGCAGCCGCACCAAUGUCUACACCGCGCUCACGGUGCUGGGUAACCUGCUGCGGCUGUGGGGCAAGCUGUACGGCUGGGAGGCGCAGCGGUCACGGCAGGGCGCCCGGCAGCCGGGGCCGCGCCCGUUGCCCGAGCUGCUCGGCAGCCUCGACCGCGAGCCGCCGGCGCCGCCGCCCGGCGCGCCGCCGCCCGCGCCGCCGUUGUCGCGGCUGCUGGUGGAGAACCUGGUUGACUUCAUGGCGGGCGCGGCGAGGUGGCUGGAGGAGCGGCGGGCGGAGGCCAGCACGCCGGCGACGGCGGCGGCGGUGGGAGCGGGGCCGGGGCCAUCUGGGUCGGCGGGGGUCGCACCGCCCGGCGGGGGCUCCGGGGGCUCCGGCGCGCCGCAGCUGGUGCCGCCGGGCCAGGGCUGCUACAGCUACCAGCAGAUUGUGCGGCGCUACGUGGAGACGUUCCGGCUGGUGAGCCGCUGCAAGGACAGCUUCGUGGAGCUGCGGCUGGUGGAGGCGCUGUGGGACGGCGUGGUGCUGCGGCCCAACACGCCCGAGGACAUGCCCACGGGCCUGGACUUCAUCGUGACGUGCGCCGGCACCGAGGAGGAGCAGCCGCAGGAGGAGGGCGAGGAGGAGGCGGAGGGCGCCGGCAUGCCGGGCCCGCUGCUGGACUUUGGUGACCUGGCGGCGCUGCUGCGCGACCGCGUGUGCCGCCUGCCGGUGGACAACCUGGCGCAGCCGGCCUUCGCCUGCUUCAAGGCCUGCCUGCACGGGGCCAAGGCGGGCUUGGAGGAGCACCUGACCACACUGGCCGCACACCCCAACCGGGCCGCCCGGCACGGCGGGCUGGACGAGCAGGCCACCAUCACACUGCUGGAGGAGGUCCGCACGCUGGGCCAGGACUACCUGUGGCAGAUCGUGCUGGACUGCCAGCGCGCCGAGGUCACCUCGGCCGCCUUCGACAUGCUCAUCGUGCAGGUGUACGGCCGCGACCGGCUGCAUGACAUGGUGCGCGACACGCGGCGGCGGCUGAUGGACGCGGCGGCACGGCUCACGGGCGCGCCCGCCGGCACCUGCGCCUGGGAGGGCGUGGAGCUGCCGGGCGGCGGCGAGGGGGCGGCGGAGGCUGGGGCGGGCGCGGGCGCGGGCGCGGGGCCAGACGGUGGCGAUGUGGUGAUGGCGGGCGCGGACGGCGAGCUGGGGUGGGAGACGGCCAAGACACGCGCCACACGGUGUCUGCAGCUGCUGGAGAAGCUGGCGUCCAAGGCCGAGGACACGAUGCCUCCGGUGCCGGCGCACAGCUGUUCCUGGCAGGGCCCGCCGCUGAACCUGGACCUCAACAUCCCCGAGCACGGCCGCAUCCGGCUGGGCGUGUCUCAGAAUGAGUACGUGGGGCUGCUGCGGCGCAAGGUGGCGGCGCGCAUUGGCGUGGAGCCCGCCUACGUGCGCCUCAUCGUCUCGGGCCAGGAGCUGCGCCCCGACAGCCGCGAGGUGUUCGCGGCGCUGCCCGCCUCCUGGAGCGCGCGGCAGCCGCUGCUGGUGCAGGUCAGCCAGCGGCCCAACAAGUUCUCGCGCUUCGGCGAGGAGUGGUGGGCGGAGUGGCACGGCCGCAGCACACUGGCAGUCAUGCACCACGACGAACAGCUGUACCGCGUGCUGCUGCUGCUGGCGGAUCUGCCGCGCGCGCCCGCCGUGCGCGCCGCCGCCGGCCGCCUGCUGCAGCAGCUGCCCACGUGCGGCUGGGUGCCGGCGGCGCUGCUGGAGGCGCUGCAGGCGGGGCAGGGCCAGGCGGGCGAGCAGGCAGCGGCGGCGCUGCGGCGGUUGCUGCUGGGGCCGGGCGCUGACGGCGGCGAGGGGAGUAGAGGCGGCGGCGUGAAGCGGCCGGGCCUGCUGCUUUACACGCUGCAGGCUCUGUACGCGCUGAUGAACCCCAACUACCCGCCCGACCUGCUGCCGCUGGUCGCCAAGCCCUGGUCGCCCACACCGCCGCCGCAACAGCAGCCACAGCCGCAGCAGGCAGCGGCCGCCGAUGGCGCCGAGGACGGAACCCCCGCAGCGCAGCUGCCUCAGCCUCAGGCGCUGCUGCCGCAGCCUCAGCCGCCGCUGCUGCAGGCCUACGUGGCGGGCGGCGCGAUGGGCGACAGGCUGAUGCCGGUGCUGGCGCGCUGCCUGCCGCUGCUGGCAGACGUGGUAGAGCGGGUCAUGGGGCCGGCCGCCGAGACGGCGGCGGCGGCGGUGGAGGCGGCGGCGGCGGGGCGGCCGACCAACCUGCAGCCGGCGGAGGGCGGGAGAGACCUGUCCUUCAUCAAGGACUUCCAGUGGGUGAUGGUGUUCCUGCUGUGCACCAUCCACAACCGGGCGCGGAAGGGCGCGCCGGCAGACGGAGCCGCGGCGGCGGUGGCGGCGGGCGUGGGCUCGCGCGCGCACCCGGCCGACAGCAUGUCGAGCAGCCACGGACCCAACGACGGCGGUGCCGGCGGCGCGCCCAGCACCUCGCUUGCACCUGGCGGCGCCGCCGGCGGCCCUGGCGGCGCUGCUGGCGGCGCUGGCGGCGGCCCGCGGCCGGCGGCCUCGGGCGGCGGCCAGGACUCCGAAGCGGCGACGCAGGAGGCGGAAGGGCUGGGGGCGGGGGCGCACGCCGCCGCCACACCCGAGGUGACCAGCGCGGAUGCAGAGGCCGCAGCCACGGUUGGGCCGGGCGCGGGCCAGGGAGGCGCGGGCGGCAGUGGCGGCGCACUGGGGGGUGCCGGCAGCUCCGGCACGGCGGCGGCGGCGGCGGCGCUGGUGUCCGGGCUGGCUGUGUCGUCGCGCAACUCGCCAGACGUGGCGCCGGCGGGGGCAGGCCGCGUCGGGCGGGGAGCGGCUCCGGUUGCAGCGCCUAUGGCUGACGUGGACAUGGUGGGGCAGGGGCACGAGCAGGAGCGCGGCGACUCGGCGCAGCCGCAGCCGUGCCCCUCGGUCAGCAUGGCGGCGGCGCCGUCGCAGGGGCCGCUGCCCAUGAUGUUCUCACCCGGCGCCGCCGCGUCUGUCAGCAUGGGCCCUGGUGGUGGCGGCGGCGGCGGCGGCGCGGGCGGCACUGGCCCCAACACGGGCACGGGCACGCCAGCCUGCGCGACGCCACACGCGCACGGUGGCAACGGCGGCGUGUUUCACAACGGUGGCAACGGUCACGCAGCAGCCGCAGCGGCGGCACUGCCCGGCGGCGGCAGCGGCGCCAGCGCCAGCGAGGUGGCGGCGGCGCUGGUCGCGCACUACCUCGGCGCGGAGGGGCUACGCUGCCUGGUGGCGCUGCUGGUGCGCCUCUCGCACGACGCCGGCAGGCUGUGGGGCUACGGGCCGCUGCUGCGCGCCGCGCAGCAGCAGCAGCAGGAGGCCGCGGCAGCGGGCGAUGGCGGCGGCGCGAGUGCGUCGCCAGCGGGCGCGGCGGCAGCGGCGGCGGUGGCUGGGGGCAGCUGCGGCUGGGCGGUGCUUGUGUCUGCCUCGGACGUGGCUACGAAGCUGGCGGGCAAGGCGCUGCAGGCCCUGGGGCGGCUGAUCAACAAGGACGAGCUGCGGGAGGUGUUCAUGGACGACCCCUCUGCGGUGCCCAUGAUCCGCGAGACGCUGUGCUGCGGCUUCAGCGCUUCCAUCCGCGAGUCCGCACUGGCCCAGCUGGAGGCUGUGUUCGCCUCGCCGCUCGGAAGCAGCGGCGGCGGAGCAGCAGCAGCAGCCGGCGCCGGCGGCGCCGGCGGAGCCGCAGCGGCCGCCGCCGGUGGGGUCCUGGGUUUGGGCGGCGGCGUCGGCGGCGUGGGGCUUCUGCCGCCGGGGCACUACAUGUGGGUGCUGCGGGCGCUGGUGGGGCUGCGGCCGGACAUGGAGGCGCGGCUGGAGUCGUGCCUGGAGUUCCACUGCCUGCUCUGCAAGGUGCUGCACCAGCUGCCAGCGCUGGCCUCCGCCGGCGCCGACGCGCGGCUGCUGGCUGACGGGCUGCUGGCGGAGGAGGUGGCGGCGCUGGACGCAGACGCAACAGAGCUGCUGGCGCCCAGGCGGGGGCUGCUGCUGCGGGGCAAGCUGAUGCUGGUGCAGGAGCUGGUGCGGGUGUUGGACCGGCUGGGGCUGGGGCUGGGAGCCAACGGCCGGCCCGGACUCAUCUCGCUGCUGCUCAACCGCUACCUGUUUCCGGAGGCGGUGCCGCUGUGGCAGCCGGACGCCGGGCACGAGGCCAUGGAGGCGGCGCUGGCGCACGUGGCGGCGGACGGCGGCGUGCGGCGGCAGGCGCUGGCGCUGGUGGGCUGCCUCAUGACCGGCUGCGCCGCCAACCUGGAGGCGGGGCUGCGCGACCUCACGGCGCUGCACUACGACAACGGCCUGCGCAUCACCGACCGCAAGUUUGACAUUGCCGGCGACGGCGUUCGCAGCCUGGGCCCCGGCAGCUACGUGGGGCUGCGCAACGGCGGCGCCACCUGCUACAUGAACGCCGUGCUGCAGCAGCUGUUCAUGCAGCCGCGCAUCCGGGCGCGGGUGCUGGGCGCGGCGGCGGUGGACCCGGAGGAGCUGCAGGACAGCGUCUUCCACCAGCUGCAGGUCAUCUUUGCGCACCUGGGCCUGGGUCGCGCCACCUGCUUCCACCCGCGCGGCUUCUGGAACAGCUUCAAGGACUACGACGGCCAGCCCAUCGACGUGCGCGAGCACCAGGACGCAUACGAGUUCUUCACACGGCUGCAGGACACGGUGGACAGCCACCUGCGCUCCACGGGCCAGCCGGCGGCCAUGCAGGAGGUCAUGGGCGGCAAGUUCGCGGCGCAGAUCAUCUGCAAGGACGUGCCCUACCGCUCCGAGCGCGAGGAGGAGUUCUACCAGAUCAGCGUGGACGUCAAGGGCUUCAACAACCUGGAGAAGAGCCUGGAGGGCUACGUGGCCGGCGAGUUGAUGGAGGGCGACAACAGCUACUUCUGUGAGGAGCUGGGCGCGCGCGUGGCGGCGGUGCGGCGCACCGUGAUCAAGGAGCUGCCGUGCACCCUGGUCAUACACCUCAAGCGCUUCGAGUACGACCACUACAACAUGACCCGCUACAAGCUGCGCGACCGCUUCGAGUUCCCCCAGGUGCUGGACAUGUUCAAGUACACCGCAGACGGCCUGGCAGCGCUGGAGGGCAACGGCGGCGCCGCCACCAGCGAGGACGGCACCGGCGGCGGCGGCGGCGGCGGCGGCUCCAAGCGGCAGUGCUACCUGUACGACCUCAAGGGCAUCGUGGUGCACAGCGGCACCGCCUUCGCCGGCCACUACUACUCCUUCAUCAAGGAGCGCAUGAGGCCCGGGCCGGACGGACAGCUGGUGGACGGCGAGUGGUUCCGCUUCGACGACCGAGUGGUGAGCCCCUGGUCCGUCGCCGACCUAGAGGCGGACUGCUUCGGCGGCAGGCCCAGCGGCAGCACCGGCGGCGGCGGCCGCGCCGACGCGGAGCGCCCCUACUCGGCCUACAUGCUCUUCUACGAACGCCGCGACUCGCCGUCCGUGGACCUGCCCGCAGACGCCAUGCGCUCCGUGCCGCGCGACGUCGCCGCCGCGCAGCAGCGCGAGCAGCAGCAGCGACAACAGGAGGCGGCGGUGGCAGCCGCCGCCGCCGCCGCGGCCACGGCGGAGCUGGAGGCGAAGCCGGCGGCAGCGGAUGCCAUGGACAUGGACACGCCGCCGCCGCGGCAGGCCGCGGCAGCGGCGGCUCCGCCGCCGCUUGCAGCGGCCUCGCUGACGCCGUAUGGGCUGCCUGUGCUGCUGUACCAGGGCGUGCUGCGUGAGAACCUGGCGCUGAUGCACAAGCUGCACGUGCUGUGCCCCGAGUACUGCGCCUUCGUGCGCGGCGUGGUGGAGAGCGUCGCCUGCGAGGCCUCCUCCGGCCUGGCCGGCGGCGGCCUGGCGGCGGCGGGCGGCGGCAGCCGCACCAAGACCCGCCGCCGCGAGCACCUGCUGGCCGCAGCCACCGCCGCCGGCAGCGGCAGUGGCAGCGGGCACGCCACCAUGUCGCCGGCGGGCACGCCGCCCAGCGGCGGCGCCGGCGGCGCCGCCUCCGCCGCCACCAACAGCGCCGCCGCCGGCGGCGCCGCCGGCGCGGAGUCGGCGUCGUCGGCUCCGUCGCAGCGCAGCGAGGACGCGGACGAGGCGGUGCUGCUGGCGGCGCGGCUGGCGGCGGGCUUCCUGGUGAACAUCUACCUGCCGGCGCCCGUGCCGCUGCGCACCGAGCUGCCGCUGUGGCGCGACCUGGCGCGUGCGCUGCUGUCGUCCUCGCCGCGCGCCGCGGUGGAGCUGCUGCGCGGCAUCGCCGUCAGCCCCGCCGCGCAACACUUCUACUUCGUGCGCUAUGGCGCCGAUGGCGCCUGGCUGACCGACCUGCUGACGCACGCGGUGACGUGCGCGACGCGCGCCGGCUCCGCCGCCGCGGCCGCGGCGGCGGCGGGCGGCAGCCCGGCGGUGGAGGACGCGGCGGCGGCGCUGUCGGGCCAGCUGCAGGUGGUGGCAAUGGAGCUGGCGGCGCGGCUGGCGGAGCUGACUUUUGCGCCGCUGCGCGACACCACCCGCAAUGAUCCGCAGUACGUGCCCACCUGCCGCCUGCUGGCGGCGCUGGCGGCCAGCGACCUGCAGGUGGCGUCGUGGCUGAUCCAGAACCACCUGCAGCAAUGCUUCACGCUGGUGGGCCACUUGCUGGCGGAGGCCGCCGGCAGCGAGGCCGACCUGCUGCCGGAGCUGUCCGCCGCGCUGGAGCUGCUGCACGCGCUCAUGCGCCACAUCGGCUUCACCGUGCAGGUCAAGCCGCCGCACCCCGGCGCCGAGGUCGUGCCGCCGCUGCUCAUUCGCCUGCCCGUGGACGGCUCCACGCCGUACGCGCGGCAGCUGUACACGCUGCAGUCCACGCAGGUCGAGGACUUCGUGGUGGGCGGCGGCACAGCCGCCGCCGCGGCGGCCGCCGCCGCCGAAGGCGGCGGCGGCAGCGCCGGCGGCGCAGCCGGCGGCGGCGGCGGCGCCGUCUCUGCCUCUGGCUUCACGGUGCUUGACGCCGUGCUGCUGGGUAGCGGGCUGCUGCAGGUGCCGCACGCGCUGGAGCUGCUGCGCUACCUGCUGGCGACGGGCGAGGCGCUCACCUGCCGCUUCCUCAACGCCGUGAACGAGCGGCUGGCGGCGCCCGACGGCAACGUGAUGCUGCUGGAGCUGGUGGAGGGGCUGGGCGGCGCGGUGGACGUGGCGGACGGGCUGCAGCUGCAACGCGUGUAUGCGCUGCUGUUCGGCACGGCGGCCGUGCUGCCGGCCUCGCUGGUGGCGAUGGCGGAGGCGGCGGUGGCCAAGGCCACCGUCCUGAACUGGCAGUGUAUGGCGCUGGCGGGCGCGCUGGCGAGCGUGUUGUCGCGGGACGUGGCGCGCACCGUGGUGCGCAAGUGGCCACAGCCGGCGCUGUACAGCCGUCUGGAGGUGGUGAUGGGCGCGCUCAUGCGGAUGUUGGAGAGCUACGCCGGGCACGAGGAGGAGCGCCUGGCGGGACAGGCCGCCUCCGGCGUGCCGCUGACGGCGCGCGAGGCGGCGAACGCCGCCGGCACGGCGGCGCUGAUUGAGCGCAUCAAGCGGCUGCUGGCGGCGAUGCGGGUCGCGUGGGAGGGCGUGCGCCCGCUGCUGCAGCAGGCCAAGGAGUGGGCGGAGGCGAGGCGGCUGCAGCAGCAGCAACAGCAGCUGCUGCUACAGCAGGAGCAGCAGCGGCAUCACCAGCAGCAGCAGCAGGAGCAGCUGAGGCACCAGCAGCAGCAGCGGCGGCACGCUGCGGUGACCGAGCUGGAGGACGGCGGUGCCGACAGCGGUGGCUCGGAGGAGCAGGCGGCGGACCCGGGACCGCGGCAGGACCAGGACCAGGACCAGGAGGGCGAGGGGGUGCCAGAGGGUGAUGUGGAGGUGGAGGACGCGGAGGCGGAGGCGGCGGUGGGCGUGGAGCCGCCGCAGCAGCAGCGGGGCGGUGCCGGUGCCAUGGAGCGCGUGUAUGGGCCCAACAUUGAUGCGGCCGCUCUGGAGGGUGAGGAGGAAGAGGGGGAGCCGGACGCGGUGGACGUGGAUGUGGAGGGCGGCGCGGAGGCCGCUCCUUAGCCAGGUGGCUUAGACCGUUAGCAGGGCUUCCAUACCGGUAGGGGUGAUGGCAGCUGGGAGCGUGCGGUGUUCCGUUAGGUUUCUGCAAGGCAGAGCUCCCUCGGAAGCAAAGCGGGCCGGGAGUGUGGUCUGGGAGUUGCGGCCUGGCAGCUGACCCAGACGCCGCAAUGCGUGGCUCAUCGGCUGUGUGUGCGAUGGAUGUGCGAUGGAUCGUAGUUGUGUUGCGUGCAAGCGUGGCUGUGUGUGGCAUUGUUUUGGCGGUGACGGUGUUCAGCAUUGGAAGUUCAACAAAUUGUUCGCGUGUUGGGACGCGCCGUUGGCGAUAGCCAUGCAUUGCCCGCCGUGGCGUCAUAGGGCAACCCUGCAUGUACAAGCCGCAAGCCGGUCUGCUAGGGUCGUGUAUAUCUGGGGUGUUGAUACAUUGUUGGUUAGUAACGGUAGAGCCCUUGGCCUCCGCAUAGCUUGAGAGGAGCAGACAAGGCAGCUGGCAUUGUGUAGAAGCCUGGUAGCAACAUAGAGUUGGUAGGACAGGGGUUCAGACACACGAAGGCUAGCAGCAAUGAGCAGGAGGAUUGCAACUUUCUCAAUGCCAAUGGUACAGCAUGAGACGAGCAGAUGGCAACAGCGUCGAAGGGCUGCUUUGGCGAGCACACAAAUCGUUUGUAACAAGUUAAGCAA